AUGGGCAUGACACACAAACAGUACCUUAGUGGCCAGCGUGUGUUCGGCUGCAAGGAAUGCAAGACUCACCUGACCACAAUCGAGAAUCUGGUGAGUCGUGCGUUCAACGGUCAACAUGGAAGAGCUUAUCUUUUCGAUCUGGUCACCAACAUCAAUUUGGGAGAUCCCGAGGAUCGCCACAUGACCACUGGCCUGCAUACGGUGCGAGAUAUCAGUUGCGUCAAGUGCAAGACCACGCUCGGAUGGAAGUAUGACCGUGCCUAUGUGGCUGCCGAAAAGUACAAGGAGGGCAAGUUCAUCCUCGAGAAGGAGCUCACUGUCGACGUCCACUAG